AUGACUCUCUGUGCUGAAGGUUUAGAGGUGGCGCGUCACUUCUACCACAAGGAGAUGAGGAUAGAGCUUCUUCGUGAAGAACUUCUCUUCGACACAGUCCACGUGACCUUCCAGCUGACGUUUGACAAUCGAGCCUUUACCCUCGCUUCAUUGGCCAUGACAAGGGAGGAGAAGCAUCUACCCAUCAGUGCUUCGGUGCUGUUCGAGAUAUUUCCCUUUUGCAUUGUGUUUGGGUCGGACAUGGUGGUACGUUCCAUCGGCAACUCGCUCAUGGUGAUACUCCCGGACCUGGUGGGCAAGAAGAUCACCAACUGGUUCGACCUCGUCAGACCGCUCAUAGCUUUCAAGUUUCAGACUAUAUUGAACCGCACUAACAACAUCUUCGAGCUGGUGACAGUAGAAGCUGUUAUCCACGAGAAAGCGACUGACAAGCGCAAUGAGCUGCUGCGUUUAUCGGACGAGUCCGACGGCACUACUGAGAAGAACCUGCGGCUGAAAGGUCAGAUGAUCUACAUGGACAACUGGCGGAUGAUGAUGUACCUUGGCACGCCAGUCAUGCCGGACUUGUCCGCGCUCGUGUCCACCGGCCUUUACAUCAACGACUUAUCUAUGCAUGACUUUAGCAGAGACUUAAUGCUGGCCGGCACCCAGCAGUCAGUCGAGCUGAAGUUGGCCCUCGACCAGGAACAGCAGAAGAGCAAGAAGCUAGAGGAGUCCAUGAGGAAACUGGACGAGGAGAUGAAGAGGACCGACGAACUGCUCUACCAGAUGAUACCGAAGCAAGUGGCUGAUCGACUGAGGAAUGGGGAGAACCCUAUUGACACGUGUGAGAUGUUCGACAGCGUUUCGAUCCUGUUCUCCGACGUGGUCACCUUCACGGAGAUCUGUUCCCGCAUCACGCCAAUGGAAGUGGUCUCCAUGCUGAAUGCCAUGUACUCUAUCUUCGACACGCUCACUGAGAGGAACAGGGUGUACAAGGUGGAAACAAUAGGAGACGCAUACAUGGUGGUAUCAGGGGCACCAGAAAAAGAGGACAAUCAUGCUGAGAAAGUCUGCGACAUGGCACUUGACAUGGUCGACGCGAUCACUGAUCUUAAAGAUCCCAGUACAGGUUCUCAUCUCUCCAUAAGAGUCGGCGUUCACUCAGGUGCAGUAGUGGCUGGUAUAGUCGGCCUGAAGAUGCCUCGCUACUGCCUCUUCGGAGAUUCAGUGAACACAGCUUCGAGGAUGGAAUCAACGUCAGAAGCUAUGAGGAUCCACAUAUCACAGACCACGAGGGAACUGCUCUCACCAUCCUACAUGGUGCAUGAGAGAGGAGAGAUACAGGUUAAGGGGAAAGGGGCAAUGAAAACAUACUGGCUGGAAGGCAGGGAAUCAAGGCCGUGCCUCACCAAAAUGAUAUCGCCUCAACUACAGCCUGGAACAGAAUUAGAAUGGGAAAGAGCAGCUGACGUUAGGGACAGCAUAGCAGAACAUUCUGCCCAACAAAUGAACAUAAAAGAACUAAAUUCUGGAAAUUUCACUCACCUUCCCAAUGCAAUCAGUUCAGGACCAAACUCCUUGGGAAAUAACACUCCGAAUGUCAUAGCAGUACAACCAUCAAAUCAGUCAUCUCUGAAGAGUCCGCAAGUGCAGAGAGCCAACACUCCUGCGCCAACAGUGACGUCACCAGUGGAAGAGAGACGAAUGUAUUCCCCUGUCACUUUCCAAGACGUAGCGCGGAGAAGUAUAGCGAAUUCACCAAAUAGGACAGAGAAGGAUCGAGAUUCCAGAUCGACGAGCUAUGGAGUAGUGUGGACAGAUGCGGAAUCUGUGGAACCGGUCAAAGACAGCCUGGAUUCCUCUUUCUGUUACAGUGCAACAUCCCCUUGCAGAGUGGGCACGGCGCCGGCGACCAAGGAGAGGGAACAGGACAGCUUCGUGGAAAAGGCUUGUCUAGCUCGUAUGUCUCCGUCGCACUCAGCGCCUCCGACAGUGGUCGGCGACUCUUGCUCCACGCUGCGGCUGGAUACCACCUCCACGAGCCCUAGCCAGAGCAGGGAGGAACUGCAGGAAACAGACGCCGAAUACCAAGACGCUCACAUGGACAACCAGCCCCACAUUUGCACCAUAUCCGACACCAUCGAAGCGAACCACUCGAAGCCUGGCCGAGUAGGCCGCUUCAAAGCCAGAAUAGCACCCGGCCACCAGAAGUGCCAGAAGACAAAAGAAGUCAAAGACAAGUGUCAACAAAGUCUACCACACGGCCACCACCACACCAAAAAUGUCAACCACCACCAGUGCUGUGGUGCGUUCGGAAAUCCCCACGUGAGACAUAAAAAUAACUCUAGCUGUCGGUUAAUUUAAGGUUUCAAUUUGAAUGUUCAUAAUGUAAUCUAGAAUAGGUGUUCACUGAGAUAGGUACGAAAAACUGGCAAGUAGGACUUUGUAAGAAAAAUUUCGAUUUCCUUGUGAAACCUGUGGUUUCUUUUCAUUGUGAUAAGAUUAAACCCCAAAAGAUAAUAUAGUUUUUUAUUUUUUUAGGGAACACAGCACAUCGAGCUAAACCUGUCGCAUCUUAUUUGAUUGAAAUAAGUGCGAUUUUGCAGCAAAAAUGUACUGUAAUUGUGUAGACAAUUAAUGCCAAGUUUUAGAAAAAAAUAUUGAGAAAAAAAGUUAUACGUAAAUUUAAUAAAGAUUUAUUCAGAAUAUACUACAUUUGAUGAAUACUCAAUUCUAAAGAUAUUAAGUACAUAAAUAUUUACGAGAGAUAUCUAAAUAGUUUGAAAAGUUAUCGUAUAUCGUACAUUCUUACAUAGCAACCUUUAACUGUUGUGUGGGAACAGAAUUCAUAAAAAUUCUUCUAGUCUUCUACUUAUAAUUGUACUUAAUCACUAAAUAUAGCUGUUCAGAUUAUCUACUUUUAUAGUAUUUUACAAUGUAAUUAGAAGUUUAUUUAUUGUUAAAAAUAAUUAUUAUAACAAUAGAUCUCAGAUGCAUAACAUCCCAAAGAAUAUUCCAAAUGUUAGAAAAGUUAUAAAAAGCAGAGCUUUACGCAUUGACAAUAGAAAGGAAGGGGAUUAUAAUAAAAAUAAUUAAAAUAUGGAAAUAUUGACGCUGUGUGACAGUGGAUUCUAUUAAAAUAGAAUAUUGUAAAAUAUUUUAAUGUUUCUUCACUUUAGACGUUAUUCACGAAUGUGAUUAUUUUUAUUUUGAGUAUGUGAUUCUAGGAGUGGAGGCCACGUACCCACAGGGUAGACCGACGACCUCAUAAAGGUAGCAGGAAGGCUCUGGAUGCAGGCCGCUACUAACCGGCCAUCGUGGAAA